AUGGCGUUUUUGGCGACGACAACAACAGCAAGUAAUAAUAACACCAAUCAAAUCGGCAAAAGACAUCGUAACGAUUACGGUAGGUACCGUAUACUUGUGAGGAAAUUAAUAAUUUUAAAAAAAGUUUCAGAUUACGGUGGUGGCGAUCAGAAUUUGUUGAUGAUGGUUGAGAGGGAAACGGUGGCCGGUGGGUCGACGAUGCAGAGAGAUAGUGUGAAGUGUGGAGGCGCAGAGAAGCAGGAGGAGAAAUUGGGAGGUACUGGAUUUGGGUCUCGAAGCGAUGCUCCUCCAAAUCCCAAAAAACCUUGAACUUUAGCUCCAGAUUUUGCUCAAAUUCAUAUUUUUUCAUAGAUUUUGAUGGUCCUGCUAUAAAAAUAGCAUAGCUCAACUCUAAUCUUGAGUUAUGACGUGGCAAGUUUUUUGCCACGUCAUAGCUCAUUUUCAAAGUUGAGUUAUACAAUUUUUAUGACAGGACCAUCAAAAUCUAUGAGAAAAUAUGAAUUUUUCAGAAAUCUGGAGCUAAAGUUUCUUGUUGAAAAGUUUUGGGCUCAAAAUUAGAAUAUUUUUAAUGAAGAAAUGUCGUUAGAUGCGUUGCGGUCAUGCGCUGCGUGUUUCAUUUUCGAAAAUGACACCCGCAGCGCUUGACCGCAACGCAUCCAACGAAAUUCAUCCAGAAAACAAAUGUCGUUAGACGCGUUGCGGUCAAGCGCUGCGUGUUUCAUUUUUAAAUUUCAAAAUUUAUUAAAAAUUUAAAAAUGAAACACGCAGCGCAUGACCGCGACGCGUUCAAUGACCCAAAAACCUCGAAUUUUGGUUCAAAAUGCUCGUAACGCUAUGAAAUUUUCAAGGUUUCCCAAGCUUCUCGAGCUCAAAUUAGGCUUCCCAUGCUUUUUUGAGGUCGAAGUUAGGCUUACUAGGCUUUUCAGGCUGAAACUCGUGUUUCCUGGACUUUUUUGAGUCAAAAUUUUGAUAUUCUCUUGCAUUUCAAGUUUUUCGAGCUGGAAAUUGAGCUUUUCUGGUCAAAAAUGAAGUUAGACGCGUUGCGGUCAAGCGCUGCGUGUUUCAUUUCUGACAAAAAUUAAAAAUGAAACACGCAGCGCUUGACCGCGACGCGUUCAAUGACCCAAAAACCUCGAAUUUUGGCUCAAAAUGCUCGGAACUCUAUGAAAUUUCCCAAUUUUUCCAUUUCUAGAGCUCAAAUGUCGUUGGAUGCGUUGCGGUCAGGCGAUGCGUGUUUCAUUUUUAAAUAUCGAUAAUGAAACACGCAACGCUUGACCGCAACGCAUCCAAUGACCCAAAUUCCUCGAAUUUUGGCUCAAAAUGCUCGGAAUUCUAUGAAAUUUUCAAAUUUUUCGAAUUUUCAGGCCUCAUCGGCUCAUCUGAAGCCACAAUUCUGGCCCUUGUCUCCCUCGCAAUCUACUUGAUCAACGGUGAAUAUGCGCAUACAAUUUGCACAACCAUAACCUCCGUCCCACCCGCCAUCUUCUCCUAUCGUGUUUUGGUGAACACGGCAACCAGCAAAGAGGGAUAUCAUUCGAUUUUGUUCUAUUGGACGUUGUAUGGCAUUUUUGCGCUUAUUGAUCAAAUUGUCGCAAAUGCGCAUGGUUAUAAUUUGUGUAAAGGGGGACUUUUGGGUGAGUUGUUUUUUGAAAAGGGAUUUUGGAGCCAAAAAGUUGGGAAUUUCUCGAAUUUUGAUGCAAAACUCGCUUUUUUUGCAUCAAAAUUCGAGAAAUUCUCAAAAAUAUGCACAUAAAUCUGAAUUUCAAACGAAAUUUAGGCUUUUCUGGACUUUGGAGCUUUUUUGAACCGAAAAUUAGCCCUGCUAUGCUAUUUGAGACGAAAAUUAGGCUUAUCGAGCUUUAAGGCCCAUUCUCAGGCUUUUGCAGGCUGAAAAUUUGAUAUUUCAUGCUUUUCGAGUGGAAUUUUAUAAGAUUUCGUGGAUUUUAGUCCUCUUGGACCUCAAAUUGGUUUUGCUCAAUGAAAUUCUAGCUUUUAAGCCCGGAAAUCAGGCUUUCUAGGUUUUUUGAGCUGGAAAUUAGGUUUCUUGGGCUUCCAGGCUCAUAAAUUGGGCUUUUCAGGACUUUCAUACCAAAAAUUGGGUAUUUCUGUGAUUUUAAAGGUUUUUGAGCUGGAAAUUAGGCUUCCCAGGCUUUAUGAGCUGGAAAUCAGGCUUUCUGGACUUUUUGAGUCAAAAUUUGGAUAAUUUCGUGCUUUUCGGGCUGGAAAUUUAGCUUCUCAGGCUUUUUGGCCGGAAAUCUGAUAAUUUUCUGAUUUUUAAGCUAUUCAGGCUAAAUUGCUGACUUUUCAAGGCUUCUCUGGCCAAAAUUUGGAUAUUUUCUUGAUUUUCAAGCUCGUUGGCUCAAAAAUCAGGCUUCCCAAGCUUCUCGAGCUCAAAAUUAGGCUUCCCAGGCUUUUUUGAGAUAAAAAUUGGGCUCUUUCGGCUUCUAGGCUCAAAAAUGAGGCCGUUUAGGCCUCUCAGGCUAAAAAUUGGACUCAUCAAGUUUUUCUGGCUUAAAAAUUAGGCUUUUCAAGAUUUUCUUCGAUAUUUUACAAAAAACUGGCCUUUUCAGGCUUAAUGAGCUGAAAAUUAGGCUUUCUAGGCUUUUUUGAGAUCGAAAUUAGGCUUACCAGGCUUUUAGGGCUGAAAAUUAGGCUUUCUAGGCUUUUAGCAGCAAAAUUAGGGUAUUUUCUUGCUUUUUGGGCUUUUCUUGGCAAAAGUUUCGAAAAUGAAACACGCAACGCAUGACCGCGACGCGUCUAACUCUCAUUUCUGUCAAGAAUCAGGAAAAUACCCCAAUUUUGCUGCUAAAAGCCCCAAAAGCCUGAAAUGCAAGAAAAAACACGCAGCGCGUGACCGCGACGCCUCCAAAAACAUAUAAUUUUUCUGCAGGCACCGUCUUCCUCCACUCGUUGCGCACCAAUCAAUGCUCCAUCCCAAAAUCGUGGCAAAAAUUGAGCAUUUUUGCUCGCCAAUUCCAAGCCAUCAACCCCACCAUUUUGACACAAUUUGAUAGCCAAGGAUUUGUGAAAAGAACUGGAUCGUCGAAUUUUGUGCCACGUUCGCCGACUCAAACUGAAUUUAGCGACGAAUCGCAAUUUAUGGAGGAAUUUGGGCAGGAAACUGGAAAUCCGGAAGAGAAUGUUUUUGAAGAGUUGUCGGAACUCGAUUUCGAUUAUGUGGAUGAGAUUGAGGAUUUGUCCACUGCUUGCAGUUUUCAACCAUCCAUUCAAAUGCAAUCCACUCAGAAGCUUUCGCCGGAAAUUCCACUGAAAUUUGCAUCAAUGUCUGCACUGACUAUCACAGCCAGUGCAACAAAUCGGGAUAUCAUCACUGUUCCAGCGGAGCGUUUGGAAUUUUCGAGAAAAUUGCGGGAGACUGUGAUUUCGGUCACCAAUGUUUCGCCACUUCAUUUGAUGUUUUCGUUGAAGGUGAGCACUGGGGAUCGAAAUCGGGUCUCGAGACCCUGGAAUUUGAAAUUCUCACAAAAUUCUGACCCAGAAAACAUAUGAAAUCAAAAAAUGUUCACUAGCGGGAUUGAACCUGGGGCCUCUAGAUUGCUAGCUAUAUCUCUACCCGACUGAGCCGUUUUUCUAGCAAUCAAAAGGUUGCGGGAUCGAUCCCGCUAGUGAAUAUAUGUUUUAGGGUCAGAAUUUUACUGGGAAUCUGAAUUUCUAGCUCGAAUUUUUCAGACAAACGCUGACACGUAUUUGAUUGCCGCUCCAACAACUGGAUUCAUCAAAAGUGGCCAAACUAUCAAAAUUCGCGUUGGCGUCACUGAUGAUUAUUUUUCCGCGAAUCCAAUUCCGGGGAAAUCGAUUGAUAAGGUAAACGACACUCCCCGUUUACACCUCCUAAUUUUCUAUUGAUUUUCCAGCUCGCUAUUGACUACUCGACUAUCCCGCAGAAUUUGGAAUCGAUUGGAAUUCAGGAAUUUGAUCAGAAUGUGUUCCAGAAUUCGAUCAGACGCCGAAAUGCCAUUCGUGUUUUUUACAAGUGA